CAUCGAUGAACACUUUAAAACCAGUCCAAAGAUCCCAGGGAUUGAUCUGAACUCCACCAGAGUGCUGUUUGAGAAGCUGAUGAACUCUCAGCACUCCAUUCUCCUAGACCAGAUACUGAAGAGCUUUGAAAGUUUUUUGAUUCCUCAGCUGUCCAGCUCACCACCAGAUGUUGAGGCAAUGAGGAUCUAUCUGAUUCUUCCUGAAUUCCCACCCUUCCAAGACUCCAAGUAUUACAUCUCUUUAACACUUCCUCUAGCAAUGGCAAUUCUGCGCCUAGAUACCAACCCCAGCAAAGUUCUUGAUAACUGGUGGUCUCAAGUGUGCCCGAGAUAUUUCCUCAGGCUUGUGGACCUCUAUAAAGGCGCAGUGGUUUACCUCCUCAGUGGAAGAAAGACACUGUUGAUCCCAGUCCUGUUCAGCAGCUACAUUACAGCUGCUCUCAGACUUCUGGAGAAACUCCACAAGGUAAAUCAGAAGGUGAAACAUGUGGAGUAUGAUAAGUUUUAUAUCCCAGAGAUUUCCAGCUUGGUGGAUAUUCAGGAGGAUUAUCUUAUGUGGUUCUUGCAUCAGGCUGGAAUGAAAGUAAGGCCAUCUAUCAUGCAGGAUGCUGUGACUCUCUGUUCUUACCCUUUCAUCUUCGAUGCUCAGGCUAAGACCAAGAUGUUACAGACAGAUGCAGAACUACAGAUGCAGGUUGCAAUAAAUGGUGCAAAUUUGCAGAAUGUCUUCAUGCUUCUCACCCUGGAGCCUCUGCUGGCCAGAAGCCCUUUCCUAGUACUUCAUGUUCGCAGGAAUAACUUAGUUGGUGAUGCUUUAAGGGAGUUGAGCAUCCAUUCAGACAUUGAUUUGAAAAAGCCUCUUAAAGUCAUCUUUGAUGGUGAGGAAGCUGUUGAUGCUGGAGGAGUGACAAAGGAAUUUUUCCUGCUGUUGUUAAAAGAACUCCUCAACCCUAUUUAUGGCAUGUUCACUUACUACCCAGAGUCAAACCUCCUGUGGUUUUCAGACACGUGCUUUGUAGAACACAACUGGUUUCACUUGAUUGGCAUCAUAUGUGGUCUUGCAAUAUACAAUUUCACAGUGGUAGACCUUCACUUUCCCUUGGCUCUGUACAAAAAACUCUUGAACGUGAAGCCCUGCCUAGAGGAUUUGAAGGAGCUGUCCCCUACAGAAGGAAGGAGUCUUCAGCAACUUUUAGAUUACCCUGGGGAAGAUGUAGAAGAGACAUUCUGUUUGAAUUUUACAAUCUGCAGGGAAAGCUAUGGUGUGACAGAGCAGAAGAACCUGAUUGAAGACGGAGAUAAAAUUCUGGUGCAGAAGGACAAUAG